CGCGGCCAGUGAGGAGGGCGCUCCGAGUCAGGACGCGCUGUGAUUGGCGCAGAGCGGCCGUUCGCUGGGCGAGGAGUGAGAAGUUAGGAUCCCCCGUCCGGCGAGCCAGCUGUGUGAGCUCUGCUGAUGGACGGAACCGAGCGAACGCAGCCCGGAGGAGACAAGACUGAGAGCGGGAGCGCCCGGCGGGUCAUAUGUGCAGCAAUGGAGAGGGAAGCCGUUCGUCAUAUUUAGAAAAGAACCAAAGCCCGUCUCUGUGGCGCCUGUUUGUGCUCAGUGAAAUGAUGUGCAGCAGCAUCUCCAUGGAUCUUUAACGCACUGAUGCGGGAUAUGCGCUUAAAACCGCCUGUGGAUGCGGCGAAAAGUCCUGGAUUCUCUCUGUGAAGUGGGAAAAGCAGCGGAGGAAACAAAUCGAUCAUUCAUUUUGGGCUUUUUUCCCCUCAUUUUUCUGGGGGGGGGGGGUCGUCCAUCAGCUGUGUGGAGGAGGAGGAAAUCAUAAAGAAGUUUGUGCGCGGCGUUAAUAUUUCCACAAGACUGAAGCGCUGCAAAAGUAGCUCGACAUCUCGCGGUUCCCUUUUCCCCCUCUCUACCGGGGGAUGAUUAUGAAGUUUUGCUGAGGCCCCUGGAAAGGUUCGUUGGACAUCGCGGGCGCACAGUGUCUGCUGAGACGGACCCGCGCUGCAACGCACCACCUUGGAAACUAUACGGUCCGCCAGACGCACCAAACCCACAAGACCCUCUCCUCUCUGCCCCUCUCAUCUCCGCUUUACCUCCUCUCUCUCCUCCGUCUCUGCUUCUUUCACAACGGGAUUUUUUUCUUCUUCUUCUUCUUCAGGCUGGUUUUGGACUUAAUUGCCACAACAAAAACUGAUCAUGCGAUGACUGAGCGCGCUUUGAGCACAUCUACCGAAUCCAUUACAGGAGGUGAAUGAUGGCCGAGGAUGCGGGAAAUCUCUCCGGGGUCCCCGACGCCAGGGGCUCGGAGGGUCGCUCCUCUCUGCCGAGGACUUUCAUCCGGCUCAACGACCUGUCUGGGGUCGGGGCGGGAAGCGGGGAGAGCAGCGAGGUGGUGGUGGAGCCGGCGUCCCCGGCGCCUGACGGGAUCUCUACGGGCGGGGAGGAGGCGUCGGCGAGCGGUGCGGAAAGCCUGCCCUACCCCACCCUGGCCCCGGUGGUCUUCUUCUACCUGAAACAAACCACCCGGCCUCGGAGCUGGUGUCUCAAGAUGGUCUGCAACCCAUGGUUUGAGCGAGCGUCCAUGCUGGUGAUCCUGCUGAACUGUGUGACACUGGGCAUGUUUCAUCCCUGCGAGGACAGCAACUGCGACUCUGAGAGGUGCCGGAUCCUGCAGGAUUUUGACGACUUCAUCUUCGCGUUCUUUGCCAUUGAGAUGGUGAUCAAGAUGGUGGCUCUGGGGAUUUUUGGCAAGAAGUGUUACCUCGGAGACACAUGGAACCGCUUGGACUUCUUCAUAGUCUUGGCCGGGAUGCUGGAAUACUCCCUCAACCUGCAGAACGUCAGCUUUUCGGCGGUGAGGACGGUUCGCGUGCUGAGACCGCUGAGAGCCAUCAACCGGGUGCCAAGUAUGCGUAUCCUGGUGACGCUGCUGCUGGACACGCUGCCCAUGCUGGGCAACGUGCUGCUUCUCUGCUUCUUUGUCUUCUUCAUAUUCGGCAUCGUGGGCGUCCAGCUGUGGGCCGGUCUGCUCAGGAACCGCUGCUUCGUGGAGGACAACAUCUCGCUACCUUCGUUUGUGAAGUUUGAGAAGUUGCACGAUUACUACCACACUGAAAACGACGACGAGAGCCCCUUCAUCUGCUCUCAGCGCCGAGACAACGGCAUGAGGGACUGCAGCUUGGUGCCCAAGCUGUACGAGGGAGGCCUGCAGUGCGACUUGGACAUGGACUCUUACAACAGCACCGACAACACCACUUGCGUCAACUGGAACCAGUACUACACCAAGUGCUCUGAUGGUCCCUACAAUCCUUUCAAGGGCGCCAUCAACUUUGACAACAUCUGCUACGCCUGGAUUGCCAUCUUUCAGGUGAUCACCCUGGAGGGCUGGGUGGACAUCAUGUAUUUUGUGAUGGAUGCUCACUCUUUCUACAACUUCAUCUACUUCAUCCUUCUCAUCAUUAUCGGCUCGUUCUUCAUGAUCAAUCUGUGCCUGGUGGUCAUCGCCACUCAGUUCUCGGAGACCAAGCAGCGGGAGAGCCAGCUGAUGAAGGAGCAGCGGGUGCGCUUCAUGUCCAACGCCAGCACCCUGGCCUCCCUCUCCGAGCCGGGCUCCUGCUAUGAUGAGCUCCUCAAGUACCUGGUUCACAUCAUCCGCAAGGGGGCCAAACAAGUGGUCCAUAUCUGCAGGCUCUUGGCUCGUCGUGCCGGGCUCAACGUCGCCGCCUCGCCGCCGGCCACGGAGCCCCAACGUAGCCAGAGCCAGAGGAGGAGGAGGAAGUCCUCCAGGCAGGGAUCAGUGUCAGUUCAUCACAUGGCGCACCAUCAUCACCACCACCACUACCACCUGGGAAAUGGCAGCGUGAGGGGAGGAGGGAGCGUCCGGUGUGUGGACGGUAGGGAUGUGGAGGCUGGAGCUCAUAACAACAACGGAGGGGGUCUUAUAGCGACAACUGGCGCCGGGCAUCUCACUUUGGCGUUACCCUCGUCCGUCACAGCAGCCACCUCCGAUUCAAACCUUGCCGCUUUGUCCAGUCCGACAGCAGCAGCUGCUGAUUCCGCCUCAGUUCGCAGUGUAUUCAACGCGGAAACUCUUUGCUGUACCCCCUCGCCCGCAUGCAUGGCGCCGACUCCGAGCUCCUUCUCCCUGGCCCCGGCUCCUGCGUCCAGGGCCGUUAAGAGGAACUCGGUGCCCUUUGCCGCGCCAAGUCCUAAAAACUAUCCCACUCUGCAGGCCCGAGUCCUCGCAGAGUCCAGACGAGGGAGUGCUGCAGCCAGCACUCUGACUAACAUCAACUUCAACCUCAACAUCCCACCCGUGUCCCUGGAGAGACGGCCAUCCAGCCUGGUGGACACAUACACCCCCACAGCCCAGCUCUCCUGCCAGCUGUCGGCGCGUGACCUCAGCACCACCAGCAGCGCCAUGGACACGGCCGCUUUGACAUUGGACCCGGAGAGCUGCCCCUACUGCGCCAAGGCCCUCGCCAAUGAAUCAGAGGGCGGCACCGAGUGCAACGAGACGCCCGGCGAUUCGGACAGCGAGGGCGUAUACGAGUUCACGCAGGACCUCCACCGCAGGGACAGGAGGGACAGCCGGCAGCCCAAAAAGAAGCACCGCAGGCUGGGCAAAACAGCGGCGAAGGUGGUUCACUUCUGGAGGCUGGUGUGCGACACGUUCAGGAAGAUCGUGGACAGCAAGUACUUCGGUCGGGGGAUUAUGAUCGCCAUCCUGAUCAACACUCUGAGCAUGGGGAUCGAGUACCACGAGCAGCCUGACGAGUUGACCAACGCAUUGGAGAUCAGUAACAUCGUGUUCACCAGCCUCUUCGCUCUGGAGAUGCUGCUGAAGGUUUUAGUCUAUGGGCCCUUUGGCUACAUCAAGAACCCCUACAAUAUCUUCGAUGGCAUCAUCGUGGUCAUCAGUGUGUGGGAGAUCGUGGGUCAACAGGGUGGCGGACUGUCGGUGCUGAGGACAUUCAGGCUGAUGCGGGUGCUGAAGCUGGUGCGUUUCAUGCCAGCCCUGCAGAGGCAGCUGGUGGUGCUGAUGAAGACCAUGGACAACGUGGCCACCUUCUGCAUGCUGCUCAUGCUCUUUAUCUUCAUCUUCAGUAUUCUCGGGAUGCAUCUAUUUGGUUGUAAGUUCGGGUCGGAGAGGGAUGAAGACACUGUGCCAGACAGGAAGAACUUUGACUCUCUUCUCUGGGCCAUAGUGACUGUCUUCCAGAUCCUAACCCAGGAGGACUGGAACAAGGUGUUAUAUAACGGCAUGGCCUCCACCUCUCCCGUAGCUGCCCUGUACUUCAUCGCACUUAUGACCUUUGGAAACUACGUCCUCUUCAACUUGCUGGUGGCAAUCUUGGUCGAGGGUUUUCAGACGGAGGAAGUGACCAAGCGGGAGGACUUGCAUGCCCAGCUGAGCCUAAUUCAGCUGCCUGUAGACUCAGGGGGCGACGCUUCUAAAUCGGGUUCAGAAAUUGAUUGCUUCACACAAAGUAUGGAGGAUGUUGAUGUGAAUGGCAGCAAGAAGGAAUCGUCGGCCUCUGCAGUAGUGCCUGUAAAUGGUCAUGUGGACCUGAAGACCAGCCUGACUCCACCUCUGAUUACCCACACGGCUGCCACCCCCAUGCCUGUACCUAAGCUGCCUGUCGGAGGUGACCCCGUCUUGGGUUAUGAGUCCCGUCGAGGCAGCAGCGUCUCCGUAGACCCAGCCUGCUAUGAAAAAUCACCGACCAGUGCCCGGAGCGCUUCUCCCUACGCCCCAUGGAGCUCCGGCAGCAGCUGGACCAGCCAGCGGUCCAGCUGGAACAGCCUGGGUCGCGCCCCGUCGCUCAAACGCCAGAGGCGGCAGUCGGGGGAGCGGCGCUCGCUCCUCUCUGGCGAGGCUGGCUCCAGCUCAGAGGACGGGGAGGGCGGAGGAGGAGGAGGAGGAGGAGAAGGAGGAGAUGGGUUGAUAGAGGAUGAUGACACCUCGCUGGCCAGGACUGACUCCAUGUCGCAGUCGCAGAGAGGUCCCGGACAUCGGAGGAUGGAGUCAGUCGAGACUCGGAGCUCCAUGGAUUUGCCACCUGAUGCUCUGUUACAGGUGCCCUACCUGCACCACUCAGCCAAUAUGCACAGCUCCAGGCCGCCGUCACUGGGCCACGCACGGCCCACAGAGCACAGCGACUGCAACGGAAAGGGCUCGUUGUCGGUCCUGGGUCCAACACACGUCUCGUUAGAAGACAACACUGAAGAUGAGAAUGCGGAGGAGGAGCCCAGCCUGGGUCGUUUUGCCAGAUUGUUCCGCUGGCUGGAGAAGAAGCAGCCAGAGUGGUGUCGACAGAGAGACACCUGGUCACUCUACCUCUUCCCUCCACACUCCAGGUUUCGGAUCAUCUGCAAGAAGAUCAUCACCCACAAGAUGUUUGACCACAUUGUGCUGGUCAUCAUCUUCCUUAACUGCAUCACUAUUGCCAUGGAGAGGCCUCGCAUCGACCCCAGCAGUGCUGAACGGAUCUUCCUGACACUGUCCAACUACAUCUUCACAGCGAUCUUUGUCGCAGAGAUGACUGUAAAGAUUGUAGCUUUGGGCUGGUGUUUCGGGGACAAGGCCUACCUGAGGAGCAGCUGGAACAUUUUGGACGGGAUGUUGGUGAUGAUUUCUGUCAUCGACAUCCUGGUGUCUCUCAUCUCCAACUCGGGUACCAAGAUCCUGGGCAUGCUCCGAGUGCUGAGGCUGCUGAGAACGCUGAGGCCGCUGCGUGUGAUCAGCAGAGCUCCGGGGCUGAAGCUGGUGGUGGAAACUCUGAUGUCGUCACUGAAGCCCAUCGGCAACAUUGUGGUCAUCUGCUGCGCCUUCUUCAUUAUCUUUGGCAUACUGGGAGUACAGCUCUUCAAAGGGAAGUUCUUCUUCUGUCAAGGAGUAGAACAUCACAUAAAGAACAUCACCAACAAGUCCGACUGUGAGCAGGCCAGCUACAAAUGGGUCCGACACAAAUACAACUUUGACAACCUGGGACAGGCGUUGAUGUCUCUGUUUGUUCUGGCAUCAAAAGAUGGCUGGGUGGACAUUAUGUACAACGGACUGGAUGCUGUAGGAGUUGACAAACAGCCAGAAUUGAACUACAACCCAUGGAUGCUGCUUUACUUCAUCUCUUUCUUGCUGAUUGUGGCCUUCUUCGUGCUCAACAUGUUCGUGGGCGUGGUGGUGGAGAACUUCCACAAGUGCCGGCGCCACCAGGAGGCCGAGGAGGCCAAGCGCAGGGAGGCGAAGAGAUUGAAACGCAAGGAGAAAAAGAGACGGAAUUUAUUGGUUCCGGGGGUGAGUUGGGCCCUCUCUGAAGGCACAUUGAAAGAAGCUCAGAGUAAGCCCUACUUCUCCGAUUACUCCCCCACCCGUCGGCUCAUCCACACGAUGUGUACCAGCCACUACCUGGACCUGUUCAUCACCAUCGUCAUAGGGCUCAACGUAAUCACUAUGUCCAUGGAACACUACCGGCAGCCCAAGGAGUUGGACGAGGCAUUGAAAAUCUGUAACUACAUCUUCACCCUCAUCUUUGUUCUGGAGUCCGUCUUCAAGCUGGUGGCCUUCGGUUUCCGACGCUUCUUCAAGGACAAGUGGAAUCAGCUGGAUCUGGCCAUCGUGCUGCUCUCUAUCAUGGGCAUCACUCUGGAGGAGAUUGAGGUCAACGCUUCACUACCCAUCAACCCCACCAUCAUCCGCAUCAUGAGAGUGCUGAGGAUCGCACGAGUGUUGAAGCUCUUGAAGAUGGCGGUGGGGAUGAGAGCUUUGCUUGACACCGUUAUGCAAGCCCUGCCUCAGGUGGGCAAUCUGGGUCUUCUCUUCAUGCUUCUCUUCUUUAUCUAUGCAGCACUGGGAGUGGAGCUGUUUGGUGACUUGAUUUGCGAUGAGCUCCACCCAUGUGAGGGUCUGGGGCGCUACGCUACAUUUAAAAACUUUGGGAUGGCGUUUCUGCUGCUCUUCAGAGUUUCCACCGGAGACAACUGGAACGGCAUAAUGAAGGACACAUUAAGAGACUGCGUCCAAGACACCAGCACCUGCUACAACACUGUGGUCUCUCCCAUCUACUUCGUCUCCUUUGUGUUGACCGCUCAGUUUGUCCUGGUCAAUGUUGUCAUCGCCGUCCUGAUGAAGCACCUGGAGGAAAGCAACAAGGAAGCCAAAGCCGGGGCAGAAGCUGAGGCGGACUUGGAGCUCCAGAUGGACGGGGGAGACAUGGCCACGAGGUCCCCCCAGCUGAACCCUCUGGCGCUGGGCAUGGACAGGUCGAGUUCUGGGGGUUCGCCCUGGAAGUCCACCGGAGGAGGGGACAGGGAACAGGAAAGAGACAGUCCUAUGGACUCGCCCACUUCUGAUAAAGCCAGAGAGUCUGUAAACAUCAGAGCAGACCCCCCUUCAAGCCUGGACCCGCCGCUGGAGUUUGUACAGCGGAGAGCGCUGUUUGACUCGGUCUCCCUGGUCAUCCAGGGUUCAAUGGAGGGAGAGUUGAGUCUGAUGGACAACCUGUCCGGCUCUAUCUGCCACUUCUACGCGCUGUCCCCCAAGUCCCGCAAGCACAGUACUGACAAGAAGAUCCCUCUAGCGGAGAUGGAAGCUCUGUCUCUGGCCUCUGAGAAAUCCUGGUCCCUAGCUCUGACAGACGACUCGGCCCCCGACGAUUUUAACCCCCUCUUUCUAACCAGUCUGGAAUGCAAUCCGGAGCAGCUCAAUCCUGAGGAGCCAUUGCGGGACAACCUGCUGAGCGUCAGGAAGCCGACGGUGGGACGCACACACUCCCUGCCCAACGACAGCUAUAUGUUCCUCCCCGUGCAGCCUUUUGGUCACACGGCUACGGCUCCAGCACAGCUGCUAGCACAGACACAGGGGCCCCAGCACAUACUGGACACCCUCAGGGCCCAAUCAGGCUCCAGUGCCUCAGUGCGUUCACAACCGGAGGAGUUCUCCCAGCAGCUGGCUAUUCCCACAGACCUCUUCAGACCCAUCAGCCCCCACAGCCACUCGGACUCCGAGAGUAUACCACGAUUACCCCCUCCCAGACACGCGCACGCACUCAGCCGCACGCUCCGCAGACAGCUCAGUUGGGUCCAAAAGCCGCCCGACCCCGAGCUACUGCUCAGACACAGAUACUCCUGUUUCUGAAACACUGACAAAUAGCAGACUCUAGCUACCACUGGGCCUUUUCAGAAAGGCUGGACUCCAUGUUCAUCUACACAGAGGCAGACUAACAACACACACACACACACACACACACACACACACACACACACACACACACACACACACACACACACACACACACACACACACACACACACAGGCUUCCCUCCUUUUUUUCUUUGCCUUUGUUUCACAUUCGUUUGUCUUCUGCUAACCAUCAGCCACAAAGCAUCUAAAGACAGGCCGCUUUGCCUGUGGGAAAUUUUAAUGAGACACUGAGUUUAUUACUUCUCCCAUAUUCUUAUACAAGCGUACAGUGUGUCUCCAUCUGUGGACUAUUCAGUAGCCGAGUGAUAGAAUGUAUUCAAGCCGGACAAAGAUGUUAUUUGCCUAAAAAAUUUUACCCACAAUGCAGUGCACUUACUAUAUCACAAACUAUACAACUCAGGGAAGUGCUGUCUUUAUGCAUUUGGCCAUUGUACACACGGUACCAUGGUGAUAGAGCACUUGUGUAUUUUCUAUUGAAUAGUUUAGUGCUUGAAAGUACAUCAUUGCUAACCCUUGAUAUGCCCAUUUACUGCUGUGGCUGGUGAUUGGCCGGGGCCUGGUUGUGAUCUCUUUGACCACUAGGUGUCUCUGUGGUCACACCGUUCAGGCUCAUGUAGGGAACCCCAUGCUUUUAAAAACAUUUAUCCAAAUACUGUGCCCUAAAACUCAUGCCUGCCUUGUUUCCUCGCCUCCAUAGAUUUCAAGAAAUUACUUUAAUUGACCUAAUUCAACGCAAUUAUAUUCAAGUAUCAUUAAUUUCCUUUUCCACAGUCUGUGGUCCAUGAGAAACAAGUCACGAGUUCAUGAGGACAUUUUAUGAGUUUUAGCAAACCAUUGUGCUUACUAACCCUUCCUCUCCUAUGGUCUUUACAUAUUGUUUUCACCCUCUACCUAUUGGCCUAACACCCUGUAGGUGAUUUUGUACAGAGGUUAGAAUGAUGGCAGGAAAUGCUGAUCAGAAUUUUGUUGUAAAUUCAACUGAAAACUCUAAUGCUGACAGUUUAUAGGGUUGUGUGUGAACGGUCAAAGAUUAGAGGGUCAGGUAGUCUGGCUCAGAGUUCACUGUGUCGGCCAGCGCUCCAUCGGCUCAGUCAUUCUGUCUCUCACAAAAAAUAAAAAAGUCAAAUUCAGUUUUGCAAUCAUGAGUUUGUGUACGCAGUAAGAAGUUCAUUUCAGUUGUGAGUCAUUUUAAAAACCCCCUCCACAUAUGUUUUUAAUUAUUGUCAAACAAUAUUAUUUAAAAUAUUUCUACUCCUCUCUCUCUGAAAAGUCUCGACUCUGUUAAUAUGUUAUUCAUUCCAAAACUUUUACUGCCAUGCGAACACAGGCUUCUGCUUCAGCACGCUGGAGGCUUUAAGUUUCCACAUCACAUUUUGUGUAAGUUGCACAUUGACCGGCUUCCAGUUGAGAUGUCACAAAGUCCGGCUGGUACAUGUGCACACGCGUUAAACACAGAGAAACAGUGUCACACUCUGCUCACACUUUAUUCUGCGCUGAAGUUCAAAGGAACAAUAAUAAUAUUUUUGAGUGGAGGGGGGUUUUAUAUUAACAAACAUCCAACUAAUUAAAAAGUUGCUGACUCGGUUUACUCUUGGCGAAUCUUAAAUGAAGUGCAGUGUAACCUCUGUGUUUCCACAUUAUAAUUUAUGACAGAAUGUAAAAGUAAAUCAACACUGCCGACAACGAGAAACAGAGGAUUCUGGGAGUUUGCUGACCAGACUGUGAACUUUGACCCAAACUACUGCUUCUCAUCCUCAUCACUUCACACUAACUAGUCUCCCCUGUCAUCUUCUCUCAUCCCUGUACGCUCACUCUUUUCCACCUCCCCCUCCCUUCCUCUUAUUGCUCAUGCUUCUUAUUACCCAUGCUCCUUCCCUCCUAAAUAUUUCACCCCUCCUGCCUCCCCUCCCCUCCAUGCCUCGUC